AUGCUCUACCUCAUAGGAUCAAUGUUCCUUAUGAAGAUGGUAGGCACAUUUCCUGAAUAUCGGGUCGAGCAGCGCUCACAACGUCAUUUAGUGCAAUUCUGGAUUGCUAUCUUGCUUGCCGCAUACGGCGGUGCCUUACUGGUCGGAUCGCUGGUUUCUGGUUGGGCGGGAGACCGUCUCCCCCAGCGACAUGCCAUCUUUUUCUUUGGUCUCGUAAUGCUUAUGGCCGCGACAGCGCUGUUGCAAUUUGGCGGACAUGCUGCCAUCCUCGUCAUGGGACGUUUCUUCCAAGGACUGGCUGCGGCUGUGGUCUGGACAAGUGGCUUAGCACUCUUGACAGACGUGUUCGGCAAGGAUAGAUAUGGAGAGGCCAUCGGAUAUGCACAGACGGCGACCAGCUUCGGCACCACCUGUGCUCCACUUCUCGGCGGCGUCGUCUACGGUCGUGCUGGAUACUGGGCUGUAUCUGCAAUGAGUAUCGGCACAGUGGCCCUCAGCGUCGUAUUGGCAAUUUUCAUGGUCGAGCCUAAAUCUAGGAGGACCUGGGAAGAGCAAGCUCGCGACUAUUUGAAAGCCGAAUACAGACGUUUCGAAGGCGGCAAAGAGGGCGGUAAUGACGGAUCAUUCUUCCAAAGGCGCCCAGGGAGGGAUUCACUAUCGUACUUCCCCGAUGAAACAUCUACUCUGCUUCCGAAUAAGCCGGCAGGCACAUCUUCGAGUGGUCCCGCAUAUCUUGUCCUGCUGCGAUCUGGUCGGGUACUUGCAGCAAUGGGAGGAAUAUUCACAUUCGCAUUUGUCAUCAUCAAUCUCGAAGGCAUGAUUCCAUUAUUCGUCAAGGACACUUUCCAUUGGACCUCGACACAAGCUGCUUUGAUUUUCUUGUCUUGGAUCAUUCCUGGAUUCCUUGGUCCCCUUGCAGGCAAGGCUUCAGAUCGAUUUGGACCGCGAUGGGUUGCUAUUGGAGGCUUCCUGUUUGCCGUGGCACCUUUGAUUUGUUUGCGACUCAUCACGCGCAAUACCACCGAGCAAAAGGUUCUCUUGUGCGCAUUACUAGCUAUGAUCGGUUUCGGGAUGCUCACACGCGAAGUGGACGAUGAUACUGAUGAUGCUGGAGCCUCAACUCAGGCAUUCGGUCUCUUCGUCUUCGCAUUCUCAUGCGGCUCCUUCGUUGGUCCCGCAGUCGCAGGUAUCAUCAAAGCGAAGACCGAUUGGGGGACGGCAACGCUGAUUCUCGCGUGUGUGUGCGCGCUGACUUGUGUUCCAAUCUUUUUCAAAACCUCAGCCUCGUCGCGUCGUGCGCAGAACAAUGGAUCUUAG